AUGUUUAAUAAUAAUUCUCCACUUGUGUUUUCAACAUGCAUAUAAGGACGCCAUUUUUUUGCUUUUCCUAUUUAUUUUAUUAAAUUAAAUAGUGAAACAUAAAAUACAAAAACUUAAGAGUUUAAAUUAGAAGAGAAAAAUCAUUAAAAAUAAGAAGAAAUUCAUAUAUAGUAUAAAGAGCAUACAAAUCCUAAAAUAAAUCAUAAUUCAUAUAUAUAUCCAGGACAAUCUAAAAACUAUUACAAAACUUUAGGAAAUAAAUUAUCUAUAUUUAUUCAAGAAAAUUUUGAUGAAACUGAAAUCAGAGAAGACCAAAAUAUAUAAUAAUUCAUAUAAAGAGAUAGCAAAAAAUACAAUAGAGAACAUUUUAAAUAUUUAAUAAAAUCAAAAAAAGGAAGAUAAAUCAUAAAAUUAUAUUUUGGGAAUUAUCUGUGGUGUUCGAGUGUUUUGAAAUAAGCGAGAUCUGAUAUUGAUUUUUAUCUAAAUCUGAAUUAAUAAAUAUUUAAGAAGAAAAAAAAAAAUUUAGAAAUAAAAUGA